CGCGACCACUUUCCGUAUAUUCUGUAACACGCGACACAAGCGGGUGACACGAGUGUUCGACUGCCGAAAAACAUGUUUGCGUCGAACAAAACAAACAAGUUUACAAACUUACGUUUGGAUUUGUCUCGCCGACCAACGGCAACGCGGCUACUUUUAGUAUUCUCAUGUAACUCGCCUCAGGAUAUCUUUGAUGCUGGCUACGGAUAACCAUUCUGCCAACUCCGUAAUUCUUCAAAUUUCCCAAAAUUUCCCAUAAAGAUUUUCCUUUGAAAGUAGUUGUUCGACCAAUGUAUUUAAUCGCCAUAUUCGAUAACCGCGCAACGACCAACCUCCUAUUCUCUGACCUAACCUCUUCCACUCCUAGUUACAGCUUACAACAUAUGUACAUAACCUCUGCUUGAAUGCAUAACACACGGUGUACGUUGUAGAUACGUAUGCGACUGGAAUGUGCUGCAGAACGGCGGCGGUGGUGGCGGAGGAGGGACCGGAGCAAGAAUGUGCCGGGGACCACUGACGAGACAUUGUCAUUGGAAUGCAUUGGUAUCAUCCAAUCCCAUUCGUGAGGUCUCUGAAUCUGAAAUUCUGAAAAGAAUUUGUCACAAUGAGCAAGCUCCGGUCUAAGGGAACGAUGACCGUUUUCAUACGGCUUUCGUUUUCUCCUCUGCCGAUACAUACACCGAUCAAUACCAAUCUCGGAAAACUGAAGCACCCACAACCCUCGAAACUAGACUUACAACAUAAGAACUUAAAACUAACUAUGCUGCGACUAGUACAGUUUACUUGAUCUAGUUAUAUCUAGAUGGCGUAGCAGUAUGUAUGUAGUAUGUAUCGCAAUUGUGUUUUGUUAUCAAUUUGUGAUCAGCGAUAAUGAUCUUAAUCGUAUUCGUACACGGUACGCCAGCAUACGCUGAUACACGACACUCCGACAGUACGUACUGUAUUUCUACCACUUAAUCGCAUACCAGCGAAUGGUACGAUUAUGUUCCAAUGCAAUCCGGUAUUUGCAACCAAGUGCAUGUAAUUUGCAUUCUACGAUCGAUGAACUUGGAAUGCUCGAAUUCUUGAUUUCUCAAUUUUUGGUUAAACACUGUGAUAACUAAAUCGUUGGAAUUGCCCUAUUGAAAUCAUACUUCGUUCGUGCUGCCAAUAUUUUGUUGAGAUUUGAAAUAUUGCACGCAAAUGCGUACCGUUUGCCAUGUCUGAGAAGAGGGGAAACGAAUGUACACAAGAAACUACGGGAAAAUCCGAGGAAACGGGGGAAAACAUGCCGAACGAAGAAGCACCAGCCAGUCUCGAAACAAUUCCUUCCGAAGCACUUGUAGCGCGAAAUGGAGUUCAAACAGUUUCCAAGGACAAAGCAAAAAUAGAUAUAUUAUUGAAAGCAACCGGUAAUGCUCCUAUAAUGAAGCAGAAGAAAUGGUCGGUCUCCCAAGAUUCUUCUAUCGGCAAAAUUUCUGAUUUUGUUAGGAGAUAUUUGAAAUUAGAGCCGAGCGAAAAACUGUUCCUAUAUGUAAAUCAGACCUUUGCGCCAGCACCGGAUCAAAUGGUGAAGAAUUUGUACGACUGUUACGGCGCCGAUGGAAAAUUAAUACUUCAUUACUGUAAAAGUCAAGCUUGGGGUUGAAGCGGAUCUCAUGUAUACUUCCUACUCGUAUCGAAAUAAUAAUUAUGACUACUUUCGACAACGGUGUAAGACAGACGAUGGACUUUGUCCACCGACAAAGAGCCUGUAAAUACCAUGGUUUAGUAUCGUUAUA